AUUCCUCAACUCAAAGCUGCAGAAAUGUUUCCACCACAAUCAGGAAGUAAGCCUGAGCAGUUAAAUACCUUCGGUCCUAUACACACUCUAGAGGUUCCCCCGCUGACCAUGGAUAAGCUGACGACGUUCCUGAACGAGACUCCAGAUUGUUUUGUUUUCGAAUGCGCCUCUUGCGGGAAAACCAGGAAGGACUCUCGCAUCGCGGAUCCGGGCCUCUUGUUUGAAGCGCGAACUUGCGCCAUGGCGCGGAAAAGUUGCGAUCGCGAGGAGGACCCAUGGACCGCGAAUACGCCCGAAUACUUGCCCGGUAGUUUAGUGUUCGUCGAUUACGGAAACACGCCAUGGCCGGCUAUUGUUGAAUACUCGAUGGAUGAACAUUGUGAUUACGGCCUGAAGAAUCCCGGCGAGAAAGUGCCCUACGCCUACUUCGUCACGCUCGUCGGCCUCGACAGCCACGCCUCGUACGGGGGUUGGUACUCGACACAGGCGCUCAGGCCUCUCAAAAGGAUACCGACAGUGAGGUCCGAUCCACACCGAGAGCAGGCCCUGCAAUCUUGCUAUGCGACCCUCGACUUGAGCCUCCGUCAGAGACUUCUCGCUCUAUCAUAUGUUGCUAACAAACUCCGCUUAGCAGGUUUCGUGAUCGAUGGCACCCCGAUCGUGGGGGAUAACGAGGAAGUUGGGUAUUCGAGUGAUUAGGGGAAUCGAGCUCCCGGAUCCUCUGAGUGCAGAAUUAGAAGAGGCAACCUCAUAUACACGCAGCGAACUGGAAUUGUUUUUACACUCAAGUUUUUACUCGGUGCGCAGGAUUGCCUUACCUGGGCGGUACCAAGUAAUCAAUCCAUGCCGAACACGACGGAUCGAUUUAAAAAGAUCCAAUUUUAUUGUUCAUAUCCAGUCAUGCUCGAUUCCAGGAGAGCCGCUCGGAACGGGCGAACAAAUGUUUUCAUAAAUCUGGUGAUUAUAAGUACAUACGAACAUACAAUAUAUAUAUAUAUACAGUAUCGCUCCGAGAUAUCCAGAGGGAGCCGUCCAAAGGAA